AGGCCACUCAAACUAUUUCAGUUCACUUUAAAUACGAGAAAACUCACCGUGAAAAUUUCACAAUUACACCUCGACAAAAUCAUAUACAGUUCAUUUUCAAUUUUCCAAAAACCAACGUUCGUCGCGUUUCGAUCUUGAUUGAUUCGGGCCAGUGCCCUCGACAGUAUCAUCGGGAGCUGUGCCAGUUACGAGAUAGGGAAUAAGCACACAUACACUCAGAAAGUUGCUCCUGUGUUUAUUCCGAGUCACGGAAAGGCUCCAAUUCCCCAUAUUCAAUCCAAUACUGCUUUAAUUUACUGUUAAUAACAAUCCCGUUCGGAUGAUGUUUUCAGUCAUUAUUCGGUUUUGUAUAACGAAAGCAGUCACCGUGUUAACCUUUUAAUACUUUCUAUUACACAUUUUGAACGGAAAUAUUUUUGAACCCUGAAUGCUUGAAAAAUAAGCGUUACAAAAUUAUCGACACUUGUUAUCCAAACACCAACGCGCACAUAAGACACUCAACAAAUACAUAUUUCAAAUUUUGGUCAAUUCCAUCCGUUUGUUAACUAAUAAUUUCCGAGACAAAAUGCGCGGAGGAAUGAUGCGCGGCGUUGCCCUGGCCAAGAGGGUGCAACUGACACGCGUUCGGAUGUGCUAUGUGCCCGUGCGCCAUGUCACUGCUGGCUGUGGUGCCGGCGAUGCCCCCAAGGGCGGCAAGGGCGUGGUCCUAGGCCUCUACGAGGAGGAAGCCGGCAAGGGGCCCAGGCUCACGCCCGCCGGCGAGACAGUCAACGAGCGGGUCCAGGGCAAGCUAACCGAGAUGAUCUGCGAGACGAAGCUCACCGGUCGACUGGGUCGCGGAAAGGUCUUCAACAAUGUGGACCCCGACUAUCGAUCCAUUUGCAUUGUCGGUGUGGGUCUGGAGGGGAUCGCCUUCAAUGAACUGGAGAUGCUCGACGAGGGCAUGGAGAAUGUCCGAGUUGCCGCUGGCAUCGGUGCCCGAUCCCUGCAGAGCAUCGGGUGCGUGGAGGUGCAUGUGGACAAUAUGGACUAUCCGGAGCAGGCUGCCGAGGGAGCAGCCUUGGCCAUCUGGCGGUAUGAGGAGAAUCUGUCCAAGAAGUACCGCACCACCAUACCCAAGCUGAUGCUCUUCGGUUCACCCGACAUGGAGUCCUGGACGCGUGGCCUGUUCAAGGCGGAAUCCCAAAACUUGGCGAGGAGGCUCAGUGAUGCACCGGCCAACUGCAUGACACCCACCAUGGUGGCUCAGGCAGCGGUGGAUGCUCUGUGUCCGUGUGGCAUCUCCGUGGAAGUCCGUACAAUGGAGUGGAUCGAGCAGCAGCAUCUCAACUCGUUUUUGAUGAUUGCCAAGGGCAGUUGUGAGCCACCGGUGUUCCUGGAGGUCGCCUACUGUGGCACUGCACCCGAGGAUAAGCCCAUCCUGCUGGUCGGGCAGGGCAUUACCUUUAAUUCUGGCGGGAUCAACCUCCGCCCGGCCAAGGGUAUGGAUGAGUUCCGUGGCGAUCUCACAGGCGCCGCCAGCAUAUUGGCCACCAUGCGAGCCGCCGCAGCCUUAUCCCUGCCCAUUAACAUAACCGCUGUGAUUCCGCUCUGUGAAAAUAUGCCAUCGGGAAUGUCCUGCAAGCCCGGCGAUGUGGUGACACUGCUCAAUGCCAAGUCCAUGGCCGUCAGGAAUAUCAGUCGUACCGGUGUGGUGGUUCUUGCCGAUCCCAUGCUCUAUGGACAGAUGACAUACAAGCCACGGCUUGUCGUGGAUGUGGGUUCAAUGUGCAAAGGCGUGAAGAAGGCCGUUGGUGGUGGGGCCACUGGAAUUUGGUCAAAUUCCCACUACAUCUGGAAGCAAUUCCAAAGGGCCGGCUCCCUCACCGGCGAUCGUCUGUGGCGCUUCCCUUUGUGGCGCUACUACAAGGACCGUGUUGCCGAGCACAAAAGCUUCGAUCUAUUGAACGAUGGCGAUGGCUUCGCCUCGUCCUGUUUGGCCGCUGCCGUCCUUCACGAACUGGUGCCCUGCAGCGACUGGGCGCAUCUUGAUACCUAUGGCACUGGACUGUUGAGCACCUAUGGUUUGGUCCCUUACCUAACCGCCGGACGGAUGACCGGACGGCCAACAAGAACGCUGGUGCAGUUCCUUUAUCAAAUGGCCUGUCCUGCAGAAACGCCCAAAUAGGAUGAUGAUGACGACGACGACCUGGCCAGUUUCUGGGAAUUAUUUAAGUUUGGUUCCAUUUCACUAACGGACGACUCUGAUGCCCCGGGGCGUAUUAAUGUUUUGGCUUCAAUCGUUCAUACAAAUGACGUUGAUGACCAUUUUAUCUACUAGAACCGCAAUAUUGAAUGUUUGUGUUGUUUCACGUUUGUCUUGGCCAUAUCCCGGGGGCCGGAGGACAGUAUCAGAGAGGCGUCUCAAGGCCUAAAGUAUCUAAAUUGCUGACAGAUUAAUCAGACUUUCGGCUGUCACAAUCAAUAAAUUUUAGAGUGUUAUAAA